CCCCAGGACCCACGAUUUCCGUAGACAACGGGCGCCCCGCGAGGUCUCCGGCCGCCGAUCCCGCGCGUUUGCCUAUCCCCCAGCGCCCCGGCGCGCGCGGGCUCCGCGAGCGCGCGCGGCCGCGCCGCCAGCCCGAGCCGGCGGGACGCAGGGCACGUCGCGCCCGGGCGCCGCCACGUCCGACGGUCUGCGUCAGCGCGAGGGCGGCGAACAUGGCGUCGUCCGCCGCCGGCCUGGGUGGCGGUGCGGGCCCCGGGUCCGAGGCCGGGGAUUUCCUGGCCCGCUACCGCCAGGUGUCCAGCAAGCUGAAGAAGCGGUUCCUGCGGAAGCCGAACGUGGCGGAGGCGGGCGAGCAGUUUGGCCAGUUGGGCCGCGAGCUGCGUGCCCAGGAGUGCCUGCCCUACGCGGCCUGGUGCCAGCUGGCGGUGGCGCGCUGCCAGCAGGCGCUCUUCCACGGGCCUGGGGAGGCGCUGGCGCUGACCGAGGCCGCCCGCCUCUUCCUGCGGCAGGAGCGCGACGCGCGCCAGCGACUCGUCUGCCCGGCAGCCUACGGGGAGCCGCUGCAAGCCGCGGCCAGCGCUCUGGGCGCCGCCGUGCGCCUGCACCUCGAGUUGGGCCAGCCGGCCGCCGCCGCCGCCCUCUGCCUCGAGCUGGCCGCCGCCCUGCGCGACCUGGGCCAGCCGGCCGCCGCCGCCGGCCACUUCCAGCGCGCCGCGCAGCUGCAGCUCCCGCAGCUGCCGCUGGCCGCGCUGCAGUCUCUUGGCGACGCCGCCUCCUGCCAGCUGCUGGCGCGCGACUACAGCGGUGCCCUGGCGGUCUUCACGCGCAUGCAGCGCCUGGCGCGGGAGCACGGCAGCCACCCGGUGCAGCCGCCGCCGCCGCCGCCGCUCCCGCCGCCGCCGCCGCCGCCGCCGCCAGGGCAGCAGGUGGGCCCCGGCGCGGCCCCGGCCCUGCCCGCCGCGCUGCUCCCUCCGAGCGCCGGCUCUACGGCCGGCGCGCCCUCUCCCGCCGCGCUGGGAGCCUUCUCGGACGUGUUGGUCCGCUGCGAGGUGUCCCGCGUGUUGCUGCUGCUGCUACUGCAGCCACCGCCCGCCAAGCUCCUGCCGGAGCAUGCCCACACCCUGGAGAAGUACUCCUGGGAGGCCUUCGACAGCCACGGGCAGGAGAGCGGUGGCCAGCUUCCCGAGGAGCUGUUCCUGCUGCUCCAGUCCUUGGUCAUGGCCACCCACGAAAAGGACACAGAAGCCGUCAAGUCGCUGCAAGUGGAGAUGUGGCCACUGUUGAGUGCUGAGCAGAACCACCUCCUUCACCUCGUCCUGCAAGAAACCGUCUCCCCCUCGGGGCAGGGCAUCUGACGAAUCCCCUUAGCGAACUGACUUUUGGCUUGUGACAGAACUUCGUGCACCUCCCCUGGCGCUUGGGGCGGAGGGGGGCGGGCGGCGGAAUAAAAGACGUGAAUCCUG